GCCCCCGGCCCCCGGCUCCCCGGUCACUUCCUGAUUCCCGCUUCCUGCUUCCCAGAGGCCGGGAUCCGGAGCCGCCCGAGGCCGCCGCCGCAGCCCCCGGCGCCCCAGACAUGUCCUUCCGCAAAGUGGUUCGGCAGAGCAAAUUCCGGCACGUGUUCGGACAGCCGGUCAAGAAUGAUCAGUGCUAUGAGGACAUCCGCGUGUCCCGGGUCACCUGGGACAGCACCUUCUGUGCCGUCAACCCCAAGUUCCUGGCGGUGAUUGUGGAGGCCAGCGGCGGAGGCGCCUUCCUGGUGCUGCCCCUGAGCAAGACGGGCCGCGUCGACAAGGCCUACCCGACGGUGUGUGGGCACACGGGCCCAGUCCUGGACAUCGACUGGUGCCCCCACAACGACAGGGUCAUCGCCAGCGGCUCCGAGGACUGCACGGUCAUGGUGUGGCAGAUCCCGGAGCACGGGCUGACUUCGCCACUGAUGGAGCCGGUGGUGGCACUGGAGGGGCACACCAAGCGAGUGGGCAUCGUCACCUGGCACCCGACGGCCCGCAACGUGCUGCUCAGUGCAGGCUGUGACAACGUGGUGCUCAUCUGGAACGUGGGCACGGCGGAGGAGCUGUACCGCCUGGACACUCUGCACCCCGACCUCAUCUACAACGUCUGCUGGAACCGCAAUGGCAGCCUCUUCUGCUCCGCCUGCAAAGACAAGACUGUGCGCGUCGUCGACCCCCGCCGCGGCACCCUGGUGGCGGAGCGGGAAAAGGCUCACGAAGGGGCCCGGCCCAUGCGCGCCAUCUUCCUGGCGGACGGCAAGGUGUUCACCACCGGCUUCAGCCGCAUGAGCGAGCGGCAGCUGGCGCUGUGGGACCCGGAGAACUUCGAGGAGCCCAUGGCUCUGCAGGAGCUGGACUCCAGCAACGGGGCCCUGCUGCCCUUCUACGACCCUGACACCAGCAUAGUCUACGUCUGCGGCAAGGGCGACUCCAGCAUCCGGUACUUCGAGAUCACAGAUGAGGCCCCCUACAUCCACUUCCUGAACACCUUCACCAGCAAAGAGCCCCAGAGGGGCAUGGGCAGCAUGCCCAAGCGGGGCCUGGAGGUCAGCAAGUGCGAGAUCGCCCGGUUCUACAAACUGCAUGAGCGCAAGUGUGAACCCAUUGUCAUGACUGUGCCAAGAAAGUCGGACCUCUUCCAGGAUGACUUGUACCCCGACACGGCCGGGCCCGAGGCGGCCCUGGAGGCGGAGGAGUGGGUGAGCGGCCGGGAGGCUGAGCCCCUCCUCAUCUCCCUGCGGGAGGCCUACGUGCCCAGCAAGCAGCGGGACCUGAAGGUCAGCCGGCGCAACGUGCUCUCCGACAGCCGGCCCGCCGCGGUGCCCGGCACUGCCAGCCUGGGGGCCGCCACGGCCACUGCCCCCGCUGCUCCUGCCCCCCACAGUGGCAGACUUGCCAGAGCUGGGGAGGCCGGGAAGCUGGAGGAGGUGAUGCAGGAGCUGUGGGCGCUGAAGGCGCUGGUCCAGGAGCAGGGGCUGCGCAUCAGCCGCCUGGAGGAGCAGCUCGGGCGCCUGCAGAACGGGGACGCGUAGGGCCAGUGCCCUGGUGGCUGCCACCCCACUCCACCCCCCGCCCCACCCCGGUCACACAGCUUCUGCCGGCAGGUCACACCAUACCGGGCCCGCUGGCUGCUGAGGGCCCGGGGUGGGCUCGGGCCAGUCCCUGCCUGCCCUGUCCGGGGGCCCCAGUUCCAGCCAACGUCUGGCUCUCGUUGUCGUUACUGUGGAGGAAUUCUGUACCAAGGCAAGCUAGCUUGUCGUCGGAGGGACCACCUCGCCCACCCCUGCACAGCCCCUGCCCCCUCCCCGGAGGAAGCGGGAGGGAGGGCUUCUAUAUUUUCAUUCCAAAUAAAAUUCUCUUUUUAAGA